AGGCGCAGUAAUGAAUGGCAGGUGAUGAAAAUAUAAAAAGAAAGGAAAUGAAAGCCCUCUAAAAUGGCACUAAGACGAACUGUACUGAAGAGUGUAACCGUAUACUUGCGAUGUCUUAGAACAAAUCAAGUGAGAAACAAAUCAAUCACUGGUUAUCAAAGCGCUGAUAACGCUCUGCAAACAGUGACCGGCGGACGAAUUAACCGGUGGCUAGACGCUUAUGAAGAUUUUGUAGGGCUUACUGAAGUCCGAAUAGCCCAAGAACAGGUUACCAAGGCAGAAGCCAACUACAGAUGUGUUCAAGAAGAUCGUCGGUCAACACAACUGGCCUUGACUGCAGUUCAAACCAAAAUCAAAGGAAUCGCCUCAGAAAUAGAGAAAACUCAAAGAGGAACUGACACUUACCUAGAUCUGGUUACAAAGGAGAAUGACAUUAUUAAGGAAGAAAAAGAUAUACUUGAACAGCUAGCUGCAGCUGAAGAAACAGAGAAACGUAUAUUUGCACUUCUCUCAUCUGCCCUUAGAGAAAGUCAUGAAAAGGAGAGAGCUAGAGCUGAGAGGAUGAAAUACUGGGGGAUCAUGGGAUCAAUAAUCGGUGCUGUAAUAGGAAUAAUUGGGACAACUUUUAAUAAUUAUCUCAGAAUGAAAGAAUUAAGAGGUAUUGUAACAGAUGCCACAGAAAUGAAUCAAGUUUAUAGAGAAAAGACAAUGGAUAUGGGUAUGACCAUCAAUGAACAGUAUGGUAAAAUUUAUCAGUUUUUAGUGGAUAUUAGAUCAGCAACUGGAAUUGCUCUAGAUAGUUCGCAGAAAGGCAGUGUUAGAGGUAAAGAACUGCCUCUUGUUCUAGAAAAAGAUGCCAAGCUUGAAGAAGUUCUUGCAGCUCUAAAACGACAAGAGGAACUGUUUGAUAAAGAAAUUAAAAAUAUUGGACAUGCUUUAGCAAAUAGAAAUGCAAACAAUGCAGAGGGGAAUGUAGUUUAUGUUGGGCCAGAAAUGGAAGUAAUGCUUAAGGACACUGAAAACAAUCUUGCAUGGAAAAUGAAAAUGCAAUCAUUAGGAACUGUAACUCUUAUCUAUGCUGUGGCAGCUGUCUCUAUACCUGUAUUAUAUAAAUUGUUUGGUGGUAGCUGAUAAUGGCUAGAAAAGUAGAAGUCUUAUUAAACUUUUAAAGGUUUUUUUAGAAAAUGGAACUGCUCUGUAUAUGAAAAUAUUAUACAGUAAUAAAAUAACUUUUAGUCCAAUUGGUCAAAGAAUAAGGAAUGCUAUUGUUCUUGUCGUGAUGUUACCAUUUGUGUUGCUUUCAGGUUAAACUUAAUGGCAAGCUUUCCAAUUUCACUAAAUUUUCUUCUCUACUGCCCCUACAAAAUCUGUCAUAAAAUGACAAGAAACACAAGAUGUAAGCAAAAAAAGAUGUGUCAGAAUGGCUAAAAAGUUUCUGUUCCAUAUUUACUUAUGUAUUCAAUGAAAUGUUUUACUGACAAAUACCCAGAUAACAUUAAUGCUAUUGCACAUACCUGUAUUACCAUAAUUUAUAAAAGGCAAGAAUACUUUUUAGCUCACCUGAGCACAAAGUGCUCAUGGUGAGCUUUUAUGAUCACGCUGUGUCCGUCGUGCACACGGAUGUCCGUCUGUCCAUUUUCAUGAACAGUUUUCUUUAAAAGGCAUCUCCUCUAAAACCACUGAAUAGAUUCUGAUAAAACUUGGCAAGGAUAUAGACUGGAUGUUCCUUGGGUUGUCUUCUACCAAAAUUAUUUAAAUGGUUCCUCUUGGUUGCAAAUAGGGGCUGCCAGAGCUAAAAAAUAGAAAAAUCUUCAAACAACAUCUCCUAAACUGCUGGUCCAAUUUUGAAAUAAUUUCACACAAAUGGUCCUUGCGUGACAUUCUACCAAGAAUUUUCAAGUUAGUUUGAUUUGUCAAAAAAAAAAAUGGCCUCCAGUGAACAUGUACUUUUUUCCCCUAUAUGUGUGUAGUAGAAACUUUAAAAAAACAAAACAUUCUUUUAUGAAACUGCUGGCCAGAUUUUAAGAUCAUUCCACACAAUUGUCCUUGUGUGACCUUCUACAAAGAAUGUCCAAAUGAGUCUGAUUCGUCAAAAAACAUGACUGCCAGAGGGCAUGGUCACUUUUCACUAUAUGUAUAUAGUGGAAACUUUAAAAAUCUUUUUGUGUGAAACUGCUUGCCUGAUUUUAAAAUAAUUUCACACAAAUGGUCCUUGUGUGUCAUUCUUCUAAGAUUGUUAAAUUUAUUUUGAUUUGUCAAAAAACAUGGCCGCCAGAGGGUGUGGUCACUCUUCCCUGUAUGUAUAUAGUAGAAACUUUAAAAAUCUUCUUGUUAGCUCACCUGAGCACAAAGGUCAGUGAUUGUCCACCGUCCAUUGUCCAUCAUCUGUCAACAGUUUCCUUUAAACAACAUUUCCUCCUAUAUCACCAGCCAAUUUUGAUGAAACUUCACAGGGAUGCUCCUUGGAUAGUCUUCUUUAAAAAGUGUAAACUCCAUUCAGAACUCCAGUUGCCAUGGCAACCAAACAGAAAAACUUUAGGAACCUUCUUGUCCAAAACCACUGAUCAUAGGGCUUUGAUGUCUGGAAUGUAGCAUCAUCGUCUUGUUGUCCUCUGUCAAGAUUGUUCAAAUUAUCCCCCCUAAGGUCAAAUAUGGCCCCGCCUCGUGGGUCACAUGGUUAUAUAGACUUAUAUAGGGAAAAACCUCUUGUGCAAAACCACAGAGCCUAGGGCUUUGAUAUUUGGUAUGUAGCAUCAUCUAAAGGACCUCUAUCAAGAUUGUUCAAAUUAUAUCACUACACCAUGCAUAUCAAAAAGUUCAAAGAGAUGAAUACUAUGCAAAUUUGGUGCACACACUCUAAAACAGAUACUGGUAGAUAUACAAACAUGCCAUGUAAAGACAGAGUUUGUUCUACAAGUAAUGAAAUUGAGGAUGAGAUUCAUUUUAUUAGAUUCUAGCUGCAUUUUAAACAAUGACUUUCCAAAAAUUCAUAUUCAGUCCAUACAAAUGUUCAAUAAUAUCAUUGUACACACCUGAAGAAUUAUUUCAUUGGAUUAUGACACAAGGAAGUAUUCAUCUUUCAGAUCUUGCUUCAUUUCUAGAUAAAUGUUUUGACAGGAGACACGCUAAUUUAAAACCAAACUGACUGUUAUAAUAUUCUAGUAUGUACUCUAUACAUACUGUUUAUUCAUGGUAUGUUAUCUAAACUGUUUUUUUACUUACAGUUUGUACUUUAUUUAUUAACUGUUGAUUGGUGAUAUGUUCUUUAUAACAUGAUAAUGAUGAUUACAAAAUAAACGCUAUUCUAUUCCAUACAUGUUAAGGUCAUGUCCAUAUGCUUUAUUGAAUUAUAUUAUUAAACCCCAGAAGAUUAA